AGCCAUUUUGGCUCAAGACUGCGCAUAUCGAACAGAACAUCCGCAGCAGCUGCACCCGUGCGCGCGGCCCUCCUCCGACAGCCCAACCACCAUCGAGACGCCGCAAGCCCGUUUCGGCUUGCGAUGGCGAACGCCGCCCCGCUGCAGUCGCCGCGCCGCGUGGUCAGAGAGGGCAACAUCUCCUGGUCGGGUGCCCCCCCAGAGGCUUGGCUGGUCCCGACGUUCCUGGACCCGCACCAGGUGCUCCAGAGGAAGCUCAACGGGGCGCUGUGGUCGAACUUCUACAUUGAUCUUGACGGGGAUCUGCCUGACGAGGCUAUCGCCGGUCUCAAGCGGCUCCGGUUCCCGAUCUUUGUCUGCUUCCUGCUGUGCGCGGUGGCGUUCUUUUUGCAGGCCUUCUGCAUGGUCGAGGGCUGGAUCGUCCUCUUCACCAUGAAGUCCAUCCCGCGGGACUGCAUCGCCGUGUGGUACUGGGCGCUCGGCUACUGCAGCGCGGUGUGCUCGCUUCCCAUCUGCAUGGUGCCCGGCGAGCUGGCCGUGGUCUCCUGCAUCGCCCUCGGGGAGGUGAUCCGCCGGUUGAGCCUCCACUGCUCGGACGACCUCUGCGGCCUCACCGAGACGGUGGCGCAGUGGGGCCUGCCGUCCGUGGCCUGCGUGGCGGCGGCCGCAGGCGUCGCCCGCCUGACGCUGGGCCGGCUGCGGCGGAUCCACGGCCGCUGGCGCCAGGAGGGCGCGGCCCCGGAGGAGGUCGUCUCCAUCGUGUUCUCCGACGCGAUGUGCUGCGAGCAGGAAAGUGCCGAGUGCGUCGUCUGCAUGGCGGAGGACCCUUCGGCGCGCUGGAUCAAGCUGAAGUGUUGCCACUGUCUCCACGAGGGCUGCCUCCGGGAGUGGCUGGCGCGCUCGAGUCGAUGCCCGCUCUGCUGGCUGGACUUACGGACGGCGUAUUUGGAUCCGUGAGGCCCCCGGCAGCGCCGGCGAGGCGGCGCUCGCCCGAGCGGGCCGCUGGCGGGCCGUCGGGCCUCCCGCGGCCACGCGAGAGGAGAGGGAGGGAGGGACAGAGAGUGCCUUCGGCCUCGCGGGCGCGAGGCCCUCAGAGGCCGGCGAGCGAGGGCCGCCGGCGCUCGAGGGGGCACCGCGCGGGCAACGCCUCGAGGCCGUCUCGCCUCGGGGCCGCGUUAGUGGGUUGGUCGGAAGGGACUUGUGCGAGGCUCGACCGCACGUGUGAGUGGCUGGCAGUCCCAAUCCUUUCACGAGGGCCGCUGGGCACUACCUCGGACGGCCUCAGUAGUUCG